AUGGAUUCGGAAAGGAAGGCUCAGCCGAUGCGUGUGCUCGUCACGGGCGGAUCCGGAUUGGUCGGGAAGGCCAUCGAGCACGUGGUGAAACAAGAAGGCGGCUGUCUGGAGGGCGAACAGUGGACCUUCCUCUCCUCCAAACAGGCCAACCUUGUGUAAGUGAUGUCACAUGAGCCUUAAAUUCUCAGCAGAGCUGGUCUGAGACUUGGUCGUUGCAGAGAAAAAUGUCCUACUCUAUAUACAAGAGAUGCCAUGGUCCCAUCUACAUGCCCUAGAAAUAUUAGCAUGUCUGUUCUACAUAACAUAUUUCUAUAGGAAUGUUAUGUCAUACUGAUUUUAAUAUUUGUAAAUUCCUGUUAUGGCCCUUUUACAUCUGGGGUCGAUUUUGUGGUUCCAACAGGAACGAACUAGAUAAAAGAAGUCCCAAAAAUAGGUUCACUCAUAGAAAAAUUAUUAUAUUGUAUUCUCUGCUAUUCUAUUAUUUUCUAUUCUAUAGAUAGAUGGAUUGAUGGAUAGAUAGAUAUAUAGAUAUAGUUUCUAGCUCCUGUUGGAACCACAUUAAAUGUUUAGCUCAUUAGAUUUGUGUGUGCAUAAUUUUAUGAGAUUGAUGUGUUUGCCAUUAAAUGGGAUGAUGAUGAUGAUGAUGAUGAAUGGUGAUGAAUGAUGACAGUUGUACAAUGUUCUGCCAGAGAUCUACAACAGACAAUAGCAGUUUUUAAGAAGUAUCGGCCCACCCAUGUCAUCCACUUGGCUGCCAAGGUGGGAGGACUCUACCUUCACAUGAAGGAGAACCUACACUUUCUGGUGAGCUUCAUUACCUAACUACCCAGUUUGUUUCAAUCACUAGGCUAUAUGUUUUUGUCAUAAAGUACAUUUGUUAAAUCAUUUCUAACUCACCGGACCUUUUUUUUUCCACAAAGCUCCCACACUGGCUAAUUUCUUACCUGGAGGACCUGAUUGUUAACCAAAUAAUGAAAUAUUCUGUACAAAAUCCCCAAUACAGACAGGCCUAUAGGCUGAAGAUGGAACCAGCUCAUCUGGCAUUUUGCCUGAACUGUCCUAAGGCCAGUCCGUUUCUGUGUUCAAUUCUGUAGAGUACUUUGUUCAGAUCAGUGUGUAUUUGUCCCAUAGCUUAGUAUAGUAUUGAGUGACACAUAACCAAUACAUCAAACAUACAUACUUUAUGACUAAAUAUUUGUGUGUACUGUAUUUGUUCUGUGUAAUUAUGUCAUAUACAGGGUGUUUGUUUUGUGUUGUUCAGUAUGUUUUUUGUCAUUGCAUUGCCGUGAAAUGGUUUGUUUUACCUAGCUACCGGUUGAGUGCACUGACUGUAAGUAGCCCUGGAAAAUAUAUUCUGUGUCAAUGGCUGAGGUUAAUGUGGUGUGGGAGUCAGGCGCAGGACACCGAAGCUUAGUCCAACAAAGUUUACUAGUGCAAACCAAAGCACAAUACAAAGAACGGCCUCAACAAAAAACAGAGGCAAGCGAUUACGCAAACUGUGCGUAAACCAAAUAAAACAAUAAACAGAGAAAAACACACAGCACUAACGGAUAGCGAAUAACAACACACAAACUAACCAACACCAAACAGGCAACUUAUAGGACCCACAAUUAGACACAAACGGACACAGGUGCAACAGACAGACAAAAGCAAUCAAACAUAGAAACAUUCAACGGUGGCAGCUAGUACUCCGGGGACGACGAACGCCGAAGCCUACCCGAACAAGGAGGAGGAGCAGCCUCGGCAGAAUCCGUGACAUUCUGCUAAUUACCUAAAUAUAAAUGUUUGACUGGCUGGGCAACUACUUGUGACUUUGUUGACAUAGUACUGCUCACACCCACUUCUUAAUCUUUUUCGGAAAGGGUAUUAAUCCAUCUGUGAAGGGAGCUUACAGGAGAGCUUGUUAUCACAGUAUCCAAAUGCAUGCAUUUAAUUCAUUUGUGGGAAAACAAGUUGUGUAAAGCCGCAAUGCAGGUUUGAUUGAAUUGAGACCACCGUUUUUUGCCUUCACAGAGGGACAACCUUCGCAUCAAUGACAACGUGCUGCAGACAUCUCACGAAAUGGGCGUCACCAAGGUGGUGUCCUGCCUGUCCAGCUGCAUCUUUCCUGACAAGACCACCUACCCUAUCGAUGAGAGCAUGGUGAGUUGAACAACCAAUAAGACCUUAUCGAUGAGAGCAUGGUGAGUUGAACAACCAAUAAGACCCUAUCAAUGAGAGCAUGUUGAGUUUAAUACUAAAAUACCAUGAUUGCAUCAAAUGGCACCCUAUUCCCUAUAUAGUGCAUUAAUUUUGACCAGAGCCCUAAUGGCACUGGUCAAAAGUAGGAGGUCAACAGUAUAGGGUGCCAUUUGGGAAACAACCAGUGGGAUGACAGUAGAACUGUGUUUGGGAACCUCUGGCCCUCCAAACUGUGAUUUUUAAGAAAAGCUGGUGUAUGAUCACUCAUGCUUUCCUCCUUCCCACAGAUCCACAAUGGGCCUCCACACGACUCGAACUUUGGCUACUCACAUGCCAAAAGAAUGAUUGAUAUUCAGAACAGGUGAGCUGGUGACUAAUCUGUUACCUGUGCAGGUACAUUAGCACACAGUUUAAAGACCCACUCCAGCCUCCCUAGCACCUCAUUUAUCACCUGAUUUACUUAACAAAAGGUGCAUUUCAGGAGCUGGUACAGGUCCCUCAUUACAUGGCACAACCCAGCUAGCACAUAACGUUCUGAGAACCAUAUGUUUUUUAGAGCUUGGUGAGAGCGUGGCUGUCCUAUGGUUAUUUUACAUACAACCUUCCUACAAUGUUCUGGGAAUGGUGCAGGAUACCCAGCUAGCACAUAAUGUUAUGAGAACCAUAUGUUUCUUAGGUGGGAAUUUCAGUACUUCAGCAUUACGUUUCCUACAGGUUUCCUCAUGGUUCGAUUUAAAGUAAUGUUUUCAAAUUGUUUUGUGUAUGUUAAGAAACAAUGUUCUUCUGUGGGAAUUUCAGUACUUCAGCAUAAUGUUUUCUGCAGGUUUCCUCAUGGUUCUAUUUAAAGUCAUGUUCUCAGAACAUAAAAAAAUACUUUCCAUGAAAACCACAAUAAUGUUCUAAGAAUAUUAUUUAUAAACAUAUACAGUGGGGGAAAAAAGUAUUUAGUCAGCCACCAAUUGUGCAAGUUCUCCCACUUAAAAAGAUGAGAGAGGCCUGUAAUUUUCAUCAUAGGUACACCUCAACUAUGACAGACAAAAUGAGAAAAUAAAAUCCAGAAAAUCACAUUGUAGGAUUUUUAAUGAAUUUAUUUGCAAAUUAUGGUGGAAAAUAAGUAUUUGGUCAACAACAAAAGUUUCUCAAUACUUUGUUAUAUACCCUUUGUUGGCAAUGACACAGGUCAAACGUUUUCUUAAAGUCUUCACAAGGUUUUCACACACUGUUGCUGGUAUUUUGGCCCAUUCCUCCAUGCAAAUCUCCUCUAGAGCAGUGAUGUUUUGGGGCUGUCGCUGGGCAACACGGACUUUCAACUCCCUCCAAAGAUUUUCUAUGGGGUUGAGAUCUGGAGACUGACUAGGCCACUCCAGGACCUUGAAAUGCUUCUUACGAAGCCACUCCUUCGUUGCCCGGGCGGUGUGUUUGGGAUCAUUGUCAUGCUGAAAGACCCAGCCACGUUUCAUCUUCAAUGCCCUUGCUGAUGGAAGGAGGUUUUCACUCAAAAUCUCAUGAUACAUGGCCCCAUUCAUUCUUUCCUUUACACAGAUCAGUUGUCCUGGUCCGUUUGCAGAAAAACAGCCCCAAAGCAUGAUGUUUCCACCCCCAUGCUUCACAGUAGGUAUGGUGUUCUUUGGAUGCAACUCAGCAUUCUUUGUCCUCCAAACACGACGAGUUGAGUUUUUACCAAAAAGUUAUAUUUUGGUUUCAUCUGACCAUAUGACAUUCUCCCAAUCCUCUUCUGGAUCAUCCAAAUGCACUCUAGCAAACUUCAGACGGGCCUGGACAUGUACUGGCUUAAGCAGGGGGACACGUCUGGAACUGCAGGAUUUGAGUCCCUGGCGGUGUAGUGUGUUACUGAUGGUAGGCUUUGUUACUUUGUUCCCAGCUCUCUGCAGGUCAUUCACUAGGUCCCCACGUGUGGUUCUGGGAUUUUUGCUCACCGUUCUUGUGAUCAUUUUGACCCCACAGGGUGAGAUCUUGCGUGGAGCCCCAGAUCGAGGGAGAUUAUCAGUGGUCUUGUAUGUCUUCUAUUUCCUAAUAAAUGCUCCCACAGUUGAUUUCUUCAAACCAAGCUGCUUACCUAUUGCAGAUUCAGUCUUCCCAGCCUGGUGCAGGUCUACAAUUUUGUUUAUGUUGUCCUUUGACAGCUCUUUGGUCUUGGCCAUAGUGGAGUUUGGAGUGUGACUGUUUAAGGUUGUGGACAGGUGUCUUUUAUACUGAUAACAAGUUCAAACAGGUGCCAUCAAUACAGGUAACGAGUGGAGGACAGAGGAGCCUCUUAAAGAAGAAGUUACAGGUCUGUGAGAGCCAGAAAUCUUGCUUGUUUGUAGGUGACCAAAUACUUAUUUUCCACCAUAAUUUGCAGAUAAAUUCAUAAAAAAUCCUACAAUGUGAUUUUCUGGAAACAUUUUUCUCAAUUUGUCUGUCAUAGUUGACGUGUACCUAUGAUGAAAAUUACAGGCCUCUCUCAUCUUUUUAAGUGGGAGAACUUGCACAAUUGGUGGCUGACUAAAUACUUUUUUUCCCCACUGUACAUUCCAUUAGCGUCAACAAAACUCUCUAUCUUGUUAAGUGUGUUCCGGUGUGUUGGCCGCGCCCAGUAAUUGGCCACACCUGAGCUUUAUGAGUGCGUGUUUCCUUUGAAAUGGGGUCUGUUUGAAUAGACUAAAAUGAACAGAUUUGUAUAAGUAAAAAAAACAUGGCAUACUAGUGACAUCCUGGUGGACUAAUUCCAUGGAUAGCAAACAGAAGAUCAUAGGUUCAAAUGUCACUGACUCCAUGCCACAAUAAAACAUAAAUGUGUUAUUCAUUUCAAUGUGUCCCAUCUGUGUUUGGUGUUGAAAACAGUUAACCAAAACUAAGCUAGCAGUGUUAUAAAAAGUCUUAUUGAAACAUGUUCUCAGAACGUUAUUUAAUUACUUUCAAAUAACCUAUAAUUUCCAUUCUCAGAACAUUAAUAAGACCUCCCAGGAAAACUUUCAGGGAACCAUAGUAAAACGUUCUCAGAACUUCCCUGCAACCUAAAAAUUAACAUUCCCAGAACAGCCAACAUUUUUAUUUCUGUACCCAGUUUUACCAGUCAGGAAACUUAAGUCUUCAUUUCCAGAACCAAUGGGAAAUCAAAAACUUACAUUCCUGCAACUUCCAAGGAACCAAAUAUGCUAGCUGGGAAGUGGGGGAGGGCCUUUCCUCUUUUGUCCUCUAUUGCUCUUCUAUUGUUCUUGGAAACAAGGGGGAAGGCCGAUGACAUCAGUGUGCAUCCAUCAGACCAACCCCUUGAAUUGACAACUCCUUGAUUUCGCCGUUGUGUCCAAAAAAAAAACACUAUUUGUCUCCAAACACUAUUUUUUACCCUUAAGGGUGUGUACCAGUGGAGGCUCCUCAGAGUAGGAAGGAGAGGACCAUCCUCCUCAGUGAAUUUCAUAAAAAUUAUGAAACACUAAAAUAAUUAUCCUUUUUAGAUCAAACUAUUCAAAAUAUAUUCACGUCACCAAAUAAUUGAUUAAAACACACUGUUUUGCAAUGAAGGUCUACAUUAGUCUCAACAGCACUCAGUAGAGUAGCACCGUGUUGUAGCCGGAGGACAGCUAGCUUCUGUCCUCCUCUGGGUACAUUGACUUUAAUACAAAACCUAGGAGGAUCAUGGUUCUCACUCCCUUCGAUAGACUUACACAGUAAUCAUGACAUCUUUUGGAGGAUAUCCUCCAACCUAUCAGAGCUCUUGCAGCAUGAACGGACAUGUUGUCUGCCCAAUCGAAGGAUAAUAGAAUGAGUCUAGUACUGAAAGCGUAAGCUACAGUUAGCUAUUACUGCAGUGCAUAUAAUGUGGUGAGUAUUUGACACAAAGAGAGAGAAAGAAAAUAGUAGAACCGUUUUGAACAAAUUAAUUUCUUCAAAAAUUAAGGAGGAGUGAGAGAGCUAGCUAUAGUUUGUAUUCUUUCACUUUCACUUACUUAACUAGCAAAUAUAGCUAGCUAGAUUAGCGUACUCAAACACCUGGCUCAAACAGAUGGAUGCUAUGUUAGCUAGCUGGCUAUGACUAUCCAACACUGGAACUCUUCCAAGUUAAAAUAAGCUUUUGGUUUUACAUUUCACAUUUUAGUCAUUUAGCAGACUUUCUUUUCCAGAGCGACCUACAGUAGUGAGUGCAUACAUUUUCAUAUUUGUUUGUACUAGUCCCUCAUGGGAAACGAACCCACAACACUGGUGUUGCAAGUGACAUGCUCUACCAACUGAGCCACACGGGACCCCUAUUUUAAACUAAUUUAUUGCCACCGGUGCCCGCUGGUGUAACUGCUAAACCGCUUACUGACUGUAAACUGUACUGCAUGAUUAUAGCGGGUUUGCUAACGCGUUAGUUCUAUUAGCUAUGUUGACUAUGACGUUACUUUAGCUAAUAUGGUGACAACAAUAUAGGCUGUCUGUAGUGGUUAUGAUAUGAAGGUUUGGCUUGGAAACUUUUCUUUGCCAGGUCACAGACAGCUGAUGUGUUGUGCAUUGAAGUCCACAAGCGAAGGGAAAAGUUGAGAGGAGGAGAGUGCGUAGAUGCAAGAAGGAAUACAACGAGCUGUUUGUAUGUGGCUAUGAAAGUGAACUGUUUGCGUGUGAUGAGGGGUGUAUUCAAUCCGCCGAUUCUGUUGAAAACUUUUCUUAAACGGAAGCAAACGGAACGAAACGGGGAUGAACAUACCUGAAUUUGUCCAAUAAAAACUCUUGUUUGCAACUGUUGGACUAAUGAUUACACCCUAGAUCAGCUAGAUGCAGGCAAGAGUGUACAAGGCGAUAUUAAUGUGUCACUGUCUUUCCAUGUGUCACUGUCUGUCACCUCAAAUCUUUCUCUCGACCUGCGUGCACCUACGUUGUAAACUUUCAUUCAUAGGCUAGGUUGUAGCAACAUCAUGAUUGGUAUAGGGAAAAUUUGAGUAUUAUGUAGUAGCUUAAGCGUAUCGAUAUUACAUUGAAUUGGGUGAAUGGAAUAUGAAUGACAGUCAUCCAAUAUGCUGUAAUAGAAAUGAGGGCAUGCUCAUAAAUUUUUUUAUCAUCCUCCCUUAUCUUAAACGGCACCAACCGCCACUGGUGUGUACCUUUUACUGUAUGUAUCCUUGGAAUAUCAUUUUUCAAAGGGAAAGUAAAAAAAAGCUGUAGUGGAUCUUUAAAUGUUCUAACCACAACAUGAUUGUGUGUGUGUGUGUAUGUGUGUGCGUGGGCUUGAUUGACAACAGGGGAUACUUUGCACAGCAUGGGCGUCGCUACACCGCCGUUAUCCCGACUAACGUGUAUGGUCCCUAUGACAAUUUCAACUUUGAAAAUGGUCACGUGCUGUCGGCACUCAUGCAUAAGACACACACUGCUAAAAGUAAGUAACACACACACUACUUGUAUGCACUCACGCAAAAAAAACACACACACACACACAGACAGACAGAUACAAACGCUUACUCCUUUCUACUCUCAUUGUAACAGAGGAGGGAACCCCUCUACAGGUGUGGGGCUCCGGAACACCCAGGAGACAAUUCAUCUACUCUCUGGUAUGUUUUGUGAAUGACUCUGUGUGUAUGACUGUGUGUGUGUGUGUGUGUCAGAUGUGUGUGUGCGUUAAAUCUGUGUGUGUGUGUGUGUGUGUGUUCUCUCAGGAUGUAGCACGUCUGUUCCUCUGGGUGCUGCGGGAGUAUGAUGAGAUUGACCCCAUCAUUCUCUCUGGUGAGUCCAACAUGGUUUGUGUGUGUGUGAUCAGUCAUUGUGUGUAUGUACAGUAUGCAACUAGACCAAUCUCCUUUGACACUUGUCUCUCACAGUGGGGGAGGAGGAGGAGCUCUCCAUCAAGGACGCCGUAGACAUGAUCGCAGACGCCCUGGACUUCAAAGGUGAAAUAGUUGUAUCCUUUCACAGGCUGUGUACUCCUGAUAAGAGUUGCCCCUAGGCACAGAUCUAGGAUCAGCAUAUUCUCCUCAAAUCCUAACCUUAACCAUUAUUCAAAUUUGACCUUAGAUCAGUGUCUAGAGCCAAUCUAGUACAAUCCUUAGUACAACACCAGCAACCACAUCUAGAGGUUCAUUACACCUGUUGGACAGUUAAAAACCGAAUUGGGUUGGCUACCCCUCAUAUCCGUUGCGCUGUAACUAUGUCAUCACCCUGUGCUUUGCCUAUCGUGACCCUUGACCUAUAGCAUCAGUUUGACACCAGCAAGUCAGACGGUCAGAUAAAGAAGACGGCCAGCAAUGCCAAGCUGCGACGCUACCUCCCUGACUUCACCUUCACGCCACUCUCUGAAGGUCAGAGGUCAAAACACAGAGGGAUGCAUUUUCUGUCCAGAAAACAACUCAAUAUUGUUGUUGGAAUUAGUUGCCUUGUAAAUAACACAGACACAAUGCACAGUAUCCAUAGAUGACCGACUGUGUCUUUCCUCCCCUACAGGUAUCAAGAAGACCUGUGAUUGGUUUGUGAACAACUACGACAUAGCCCGAACAUAA